AUGGGGACAAACGAUACCCUAUUCAGCAUAAACAAAACAAUUUACAAUAAAGUUGUGUUUGACGACUACAAUUCAGACCCAGACGGAAGAUUCCUUUUCUAUAAUAUUACCAUUGACAUGCCAUCCAAGAUAGUAUCCGAUGGCAUAUGGGGUAACAGAGAUUAUGGUGCUUUAAUUUCAAGAGCCACAAUGCCACUGUUGGAGACCCAAAUUCUCUGCAUUUUCGUCAUCACGCAAUGCUUUCAUUUGGUGCUUAGGCGCCUAGGCUUCCCUUAUUUCGUUUCACAAAUGAUGGCUGGGUUUGUUCUAGGCCCUUCUCUGAAGAUAGAGGCAUUGAGAAAAUUCAAAAUGAUGUUGUUCCCCUACGGGAGUGAAGACGUGUUGAACCUAGUAUCAGGGUUUGGGUACGCAUUAUUCCUCUUCCUGAACGGGGUGAAGAUGGAUUUCAGCAUGAUAACCAGAACAGGGAAGAAAGCUUGGACAAUAGCUCUUUCGUCCCUUAUGAUUCCCACUUUCAUUGGUCUCUUUGUAUGCUACAGUUUCAUGGGGCAGGCGCAAAAAGCCCUUGGAGAGUUCGAUGGAGGAAAGCUACCCGUGAUAGUAAUAGGGCACAGUGGUUGUUCCUUCCCUGUGGUAGCUUCUCUACUCUCUGAUCUUGAGAUAUUGAACUCUGAACUUGGUCGCUUAGCACUAUCAGCAGCACUUGUGAUGGAUGUGAUAAGCCAAGUUGUGAGAGGACUAGGCACUGCUGUUGUGAGCAGCCUUAGACUCGAUUCUCAUGACCAUGCCCCAGGCAAGGGACCUAAACUUGCAACCUACACAGCCAUAAAAUUCUUCAUUUUUAUAGCAUUAACAAUUGUGAUCGCACGCCCCGCAAUGAGGUGGAUUGUGAGGAACACACCAGAAGGAAGACCUGUGAAGAAAGCAUACAUGUACAUUGUGUUCCUCAUGACCCUUUGCGCAGGGUUGCUUGGAGUGUGGGCUAACCAGACUGUGUUAGGUGGGAUGUUACUCUUUGGUCUUCUUGUGCCAGAAGGUCCUCCAUUGGGCUCCCAAUUGGUCAAGCAGUUUGAGAUGAUCAACUCAUGGUUCCUUUUGCCAAUCUUUGUCACAUGUUGUGCCAUGAAGGUCGAUAUUUCCACGCUUAAGAGUGGCACGUUGGUUCUCGUUGUGGUCUCAAUAAUUGUUUGUGUGCAUUUGGUUAAGAUGCUUCUAACUGUUGGAAUUUGCCGGUAUUGCAACAUGCCCAAAACGGAUGGUUUGUGCCUCGCUCUCAUGUUGAGUUGCAAAGGUGUCGUCGACUACGUCACCAGCAUCUUUCUAUUUGAUUCAAUGUUAAUGAGCAAUGAAACAGUCUCCAUGACGGCUAUAUCAGUGCUUGUGUUGGGAAGCAUUGCACGCAUUGGGGUGAAAUCUCUAUACAACCCAGCAAGGAAGUACGCAGGGUAUCAGAAAAGGAACAUACUGAGCUUGAAACCCAAUUCAGAGCUUCGGGUGGUUGCAUGCAUCCAGAAACCAAGCCACAUAAAUUCCGUAAAAAACGCUCUUGAAAUUUGGUGCCCCACAAUAACAAACCCCUUGGUGGUUCACGUCUUGCAUUUGAUGGAGUUAGUUGGCAGAUCCUCUCCCAUCUUCAUCUCACACCGUCUCCAAGAAAGGGUUAGCCACCCAAGCCACAUUAACUACUCCGAAGAUGUCAUUGUGGCAUUCGACCUCUUUGAACAUGACAAUGCUGGCACUACAUCAGUCAGCACCUACACGGCCAUAUCUCCACCACGUUUCAUGCAUGAUGAUAUUUGUUACCUUGCAUUGGACAAACUCGCUUCCAUCAUCUUACUUCCAUUUCACAUAAGAUGGGGCGAGGAUGGUGGUAUUGAAUCAACUGAUGUAAACAUGAGAGCUCUCAACUCUAAGGUACUUGAGAGAGCACCAUGCUCCGUGGGGAUUCUCGUGAAUAGAGGGUCUUCUUCUUCUUCAAUGAAGCAAAUAGCAGUGAUCUUUCUAGGGGGUUCAGAUGAUAGAGAGGCACUAUGCUUGGCUAAGAGGGCCAUCAAAGAUUGCGAUUGUAACUUGGUUGUGUACCACUUGGUUUCUAGCCAAAAUGAGGUGGCAAACUGCGUUCAUGAUCAAGCAUGA